UGCCUCUGAACUGUCCCCGAAAGAACACUCUUGGCUCUGAGAGAGAUCAAACGGGAAGCGAAAGGAUGAAGAAACGCGUGGUGUUGGUAAGCGCGGCGGCGGCCGUGCUCGGCCUCGCCGCGGCCAUCUUGGGGUUCGUCGCGGAGGGCACCAAGUCCAAUGCCUUCGUGGGUAUCGACGAGCUGCGCUGCGUGUACCGGCGCACGCCGGCGCUCGGCUGCGGUGUCGUGGCGGCGCUGUUCGCGCUGGCGGGGCUGUCCAUCGUCACCGCGGCCAGCGGCUGCUUCGGCCGCUUCGGCGGCGACGCGCCCGCGCCCGGCCCCAGGCGCUCCACCGCCGUCAAGCUGUCCGCCGUCGCGUGGGUGCUGGUGGCGGUGGCGGUGGUGAUGUUUCUGUUCGGCGCGUCGCGGAACGUGGGAGGUACGAGGGAUCUCCCGGUGAGCGGGAGUGGACGGCGCUACAGCCGCACCUACUACUACGGCUGCACCGUACUCAAGAACGGCGUCUUCUCGACGGCGUCCAUCGCGUCAGCCUUGGCCACCGGCUGCGCGAUCGCCGCCUACGUCUACCUCCAGCCGUCGCACGAGACGGCGCCAGGGCAGGGCCAGUUCGUCGGGUCGCCGGGCGUCGCCAUGGGGCAGCCGCAGUGGUCGCAGCCGUACCCUCCGGCCUACCCGCCCCCCGUGGCGUACCCUCCUCCAUCCCCGUACGGCGGCUACGGCGCCAAGCAACCGGCAGUCACAGCUUGAGCUCGACGCCAGGACCAGCUUGUUUGCUUCUUCCGUGGGGUUGCGCUCUUGUGCCACGUGUCACUACUAGUUCACUAGUUUUGUUUCGGUUAUGUGGUAAUUCAUUUGCGAAUUGGUUUUGUAUAUUUUCAUCUUUUCAUCGUACUUAUACAUUACGAAUUUGUAAGUGAAAUUCGCCGCUGGAGAUUCUAUUAUAUACUUAAAAGUUAA